AUGAAGCUGCUUCUCGCGUUGCAGGCAACGCUUUUCUCUGCAUUCGCAGAGGCUAUCACUCUUACCACAGCUACUGAUUCAUACACAGUCAAUGCUGGAUCUGCGAAUACCUUUGAAUUUGUGGUGUCGAGGACGAACUGCGAUAUUACUUCGUUGAAAUAUCGUGGUGUUGAAGCCCAGUACAAGAGCACGGGCUCUCACAUCGGUUCUGGUCUUGGGUCUGGUACGACUGUUACUGCCCAAGAAGUUACAAGCGGUUCCACCAAAUACGUCAAAAUAACGUGUGCAACCUCAACAUUGACACAUUACUAUGUCGUCCGAGAUACCGAAAGCGCGAUUCACAUGGCAACUCAUAUCACCGCUGAACCAACUGUUGGUGAGCUGAGGUUUAUUGCACGUCUCAACAAGGCCGUUCUCCCAAACGACGAUGUCAACCAGGCAUCCGACAUUGGCGGUUCAAGCAGUACAGUCGAAGGCGAGGAUGUGUUCGUUGUUGGAGGACAGACUCGAAGCAAGUUCUACUCCAGUCAAAGAUUCAUUGAUGACCAAGUUCACUGUAUCAGUGGCUCAGACAUCAAGGCCUGCAUGGUCAUCCCUGGUACUGGCUAUGAACUGUCUUCUGGAGGACCGUUCUUCCGUGACAUUGACACCAAUCCAACCGAUUCCUACAGUGGUCUUUACUUCUAUAUGAACUCCAACCACGCCCAAACCGAAGCAUACAGAACCGGUCUUCACGGACCAUACUCACUCUACUUCUCUCGUUCCGGCAUCCCGAAUGCCAAGACGGAUCUUUCCUUUAUGGGAAACAUGGGUCUGAAAGGAUGGUUCGGAGCAGCUGACCGUGGAACUGUCAAGGGGAAGGCAUCUGGUGUCGACGGAUCCAAGUAUCAGAUCGUACUGCACUGGUACAACGUUUACGCCGAAUACUGGACCUACGCGGACUCCAGCGGAAACUUUGUUUCACCGGCAAUGAGACCCGGAACGUACACCCAGGUUCUCUACCAGGACGAGUUGAAGGUCGCCUCGGCUACGAAUGCCGUCGUGAUUACUGCAGGAGGAUCAGUCACAAGCAACAUCGCAUCGACAUGGAGCACUCCCGGCGUGACUUUGUUCCAAAUCGGUGACUGGGAUGGUCAGCCAACAGGGUUUCGUAACGCUGACAAGCAACUACGAAUGCACCCAAGCGACUCUCGCAUGUCUUCCUGGGGACCACUCACAUACACCGUCGGAUCAUCAGCCACGAGCGACUUCCCCAUGGCAAUUUUCAAGGGCGUCAACGACCCCGUUACCAUCAAGUUCACUUUGACUGCUGCCCAAGCCAGUGGUGCCGCUACACUCCGGAUCGGAACGACUCUUGCGUUCGCGGGUGGAAGACCGUCCGUUGUUAUCAAUGGCAAGGCUGGCACGAUUCCUGCGGCGCCUACUGCUAUUGAUUCUCGGGGCGUGACGAGAGGCGCGUAUCGUGGACGGGGAGAAAUUUAUAAUUUUGCUAUCGCUUCGGGAGGGUUGGUGACAGGGUCGAACACUAUCACCAUCACUGUCGCUUCCGGAUCGAGCGGGUCGUCCUUUCUCUCACCAAACUUCAUUUUUGAUGCAGUUCAUCUGUUCCGCUAA